GGUUGUAUAAAACCUUUGCCAGGCGAAAUAAUUCGAAACAAACGCUAAUUGGAGUACGAAGCUAACGCAGGUUCUGAAAAUAAAUAGUUUGAAGUUCGAGUAUUUUUUUUUUUCACCGACAAAAUGAAUCAUCCGGAAUGGUAUCACAGGGCAAACGAUGUCCAACGUUACGAUGCUGAGUGUAUUAUGGCCGAAUAUGCCCCAAAAUUGCAAUGGCUGCCACAGGGAGGAGAUUCCCUAAUCGAUUUGGGUUCAGGAUCCGGUGAUGUUUUCUUUGAUUUUAUUUAUCCACAAAUGCCGGAGAAUUUUCAACGGAUGGUGUGUUCCGAUAUCAGUGCAAAAAUGGUGAAUUUCGCCCGCAAUCAAUAUGGCCACUUUAAGGGAGUGGAAUUCAAAGUUUUCGACAUGGGUUCGGAGAGGGGAGUGCCAUUGAAUAUGAAGGGACAAUUCGAUCAUGUGACAUCGUUUUAUGCCAUGAUGUACCCGAGGAGUUUGAGACAAACAUUCCGCAACAUAUAUGAUUUCCUAAAGCCCCAAGGUGGAGAUUGCCUUUUGGUUACCGUAACAUAUCAUCCCACAUUUGAGGCCUAUAGGCGGCUAAGUCAAAUUGAGAAAUGGUCUCAAUAUAUGAUUGAUGUUGAAUCAUUUAUGCCACAACAAAUGUUUUCACCAGAUCCAAAACGCGAUUUCAUAGAUUUUCUACAAGAGGCUGGAUUUACUGACUAUCAGGUGGAUAUACGAAAUAAAAUUUUCCCCUACAAAAGCUUGAAUGUUUUUCGAAAUAACAUGGUUGCUGUGAAUCCCUUUAUCGAUCGAAUACCCACAGAUUUACAAAGUGAUUUUAUCAAUGACUUUUUGUCCUGUGUCUGUGAAAUUUUGGGUUUGAACAUAGAAGAAGUGGAUUUUAAUGACACAUUUCCAAUACCAUAUGCAUUAGCCGUGAUAUAUGCUAAGAAAUCAAAUAAUAUUUGCUGAGUUUUUUAAGAAUAAAUUUAAUUGUGAGAUGUACUAUUUA